AAGUUUCUAAAGUAGACUGUUCGCGAACAAAAGAAAAUUUUUUUUAUUUUUUACUUAUUUCUGCGAUAUCUUAGUUUAUGUUAGAAGAUUCAUCAAUGUUUCAAUGGUAUCGGAAACAGCUGUUACGUAAUAUCGCAAUUCCCGUUUGAAGUUCUGCAUAUCCGAUAAAUUAUGAACGUUUUCUGCCACCUAAUGUUAGUCUAUAGAGAGAAUAUGUAGAGGAAAAUUUUACAUUACACAGCUAUUUCUUCAAUUUCUUUUGACAUUUCAUAUUUCAAUAAAAAUAGCAAAAAGUCAUAUAUCAAUUUGUUACAAUGCUUGCAUAUUUUUCCUCUUUGCACCAAAGAUAGCUGAUGCAACAUGCAUCGACUUCGGUUUUCCGCAUUUUUCAUCUAGCGCAUAUUUUAUAAGAAUGCCAUUAAGAUGGCGUGUAUCUUGCGCAAAAGAAAAAUUUACAAGACAGUGUAUAGCUUCUUAAAUUAUACCUAGCAAUAUUGUAAUUCAUCUGUCAUUUCAUCGCAAGUUCUCGUAUUGUCGUUUGUUGAUUCUCGACAAUACGAGAAAUGAUUACUAUCAAGCAAUAGUAUUUGUGAUACAUAGUAUUUGUACACAUAACCAACGAUUAUACCAAUGAUUAUCAUGCAAGAAAAAAUAACAUUAAAGAAGGCAAUUGCCGUCGUAAAAUUGAGUUUAUUUGUCAUAUGGUUUUGGCCGCUACCGCAAAACACUAAUAAACGUAAAAUACUGUGCAUGAAACUGUAUCAACAUGUCUGUAUAAUAUUGACUAUAGCCGUAUUAGCGUCGAUGAUGUAUGCGCUUGUGCAAAAUCUAGAUGAUCUUGAUCUUCUCAUAAAAUCGGCAUUGGGCUUGUUCCCUUGCAGUCACGUUAUCGGCAACAUUCUAUGUCAUUUAAUUAUUUAUCAACGUUUACAAUAUGUCACUUUCGAAAUGGAGAAUUUUUACGCAGUGAUCAAGCCUCAUGAAAACGCAAUUAUUCAGCGGGAGUAUGUUGAUAAAUACGCAAAGUUUUAUGGCUUCUGCAUAAGUUUAUUCUACAUGAGUCUUUUUGGCCUCUUUGUGGGGCCUAUCGUGCUAGAUGAGCCACUUCCAGCACCUGCUGAUUUUCCAUUUGACGCGUCUCAUCAACCACUAAGGGCUAUCACGUAUAUUCAUCAAAUCGUGGUUGGCCUGUAUAUAGCUGCCCAUUUGUGUGUAAAUGCUUUUAUGGCGCUUUUGCUCUGGUUAGCAUCAGCAAGAUUCAAAUUGUUGAUUGAAGAAUUACGAACAAUCACAAAUAUGUACGAUUUCUCAAAAUGCAUCGAAAAGCAUCAACAAUUACUUGAAUAUGCAGCAGAAGUAGCUCUUACAGUUCGACCUUUUGCAUUGGUAACUGUAUUUUUCAGUACUGUAUCAUUAAUAGUAUUCGGUCUUAUUUUUAUUACAAAAGUGUCGUUAUCUUUGAAGAUUCAGUGUGUCUUUUUAGCAACAAGUGCAUUAUUGGAAGUAUUUAUGUAUUCAUGGCCAGCGGAACAUUUGAUUCACAUAAGUACCAAUGUCGCACAAGUAGCUUUUGAAAUGGAUUGGUACGAUGAUUCAGAAUACUUUCAAAAGAACAUACAGAUGAUUAUAUUGAGAAGCCAAAAACCAAUACUUGUUGUAUUACCAUGCGGUUUGCCCUCUUUAUCUUUACGUUAUUAUGCAUCGUAUCUGUCAACUAUAUUCUCCUACUUCACUACAAUGCGAAUAAUGUUUGAAGAAACAAAUUCUGGAAUAUAAGUAAAGCAACAAAUUAUUAA